GCGAUGCGCUUCAAAAUGUCGACGCACUGAAAUCACAGUUAAAGGCUCCAAAAUGAAUCAAAUGCAAAUCUUCAGCUUAGUUUUAAUUUUAUACUGUCAAAACAUUUUUCACGCUUGGGGACAGCAAACUCCUGCUGGUGACAGCAAACGAAAGGCGAGCGAGUACUUCUGCGUGGCGCAAUGUUUGGGGCUUUUGGGCACUGAUCGACCGGGACAAGCGUGUUACGAGGAGAGUGCGAAAAUGACGAUGAAAAACAACAAACAGUGUGAGGAUCAAUCUUAUGAGAAAGUGCCCGAUUGCUGCAAAGACGUUCCGGCAGAGUUGCUGCAGUUGCCACCUGGAGAUGACGAGUGUCCGAAAAUCUCAAAGUCGGUGGGAAGUUCCAUGGCUCUGUUUUUGAGCACCUACGUCCUCACAGGACCAACCAAUAUGGCAGGAAGACUCGACUUUUCCGGCGCAGAAUUAUCUAAACGGCAUGGAGGAAAGUUGGCGUAUAUGGACUGUCUUUUUGUCAAACGGAAACUUAUUAAAGAUGGUGCGAUUGAUUUUUUAGCAGCCAAAAACGAUUUUGAGACCAACGUUACAAAUUCAACGUGGAGAAACGUUGUGUCCAACGCAUACAUUUCAUGUCAAUACCUCUUGGCUGGAAACUCGAAUAUUCCAAAAACAAUAAGCGUGCAAAUCGAUGGUGUUACAAAAGAUUGGAGAACGACGGCGGGACUUCUGUACCAAUGCAUACGUCGUGAAAUGAUUGAGAACUGUCCAUUUAAAAGUUUGACUUCAAGCGCUUGUAAGGACAUUGAUAAUAAUGUUUACAUGUGUAAUCCAUUUAAGUAGCAGAGGAUUUAAAGUUUUAAUGAAAUUUGAAAUAAAUAUUUGAAAAAUUUAA